CAACUAAAAACCAAGUCCAGUGAGCCGGCAUAAUUUGACACAAAAUCAACGAUUGCUACUACACACAAAUCACCAAUGCGAGCAAAUGCGAGAUGAUUGUAGUGUGCUCACGACCUAUUUGCAUUUCCCAAUGCAUUACCAUGGUUAUUAAGGAUUCCCGCACGUUUGCAUGAAAUAAAAUAAUAAAAUAAAUUCGUAAAAGACCAAUAGUCAACCGCCUACCGUGGAGGAGAACUUUCGCCGGCAUAACAGCACAACAACUUUCUAAACGACGAUUGAGCAGGAAGGCUGAUUUAUUGGAAGGAGUUCACACUCAUUGAAGAAGUUUGCGGGUCGCUUAGAAAAAAGAAAUAAUGUCGACUAUAAAACUAAAAGUGGUCGUCAUCGGCGAUAUUGUAUGUGGAAAAACCUGUCUGUUGAUGAUGUAUUGCAAUAACAAAUUCCCACCCAAAUAUGUUCCGAAAGUUUUCAAAAACUACGUGAAAGAACUAACGGUUGACGAGCAUGACUUCGAACUUCAAAUAUGUAACACCGCAGGCCAAGAGGAAUACGACAGGCUCAGACCGCUUUCAUAUCCCAAAAGUGAUGUCAUCCUCGUCUGUUACUCUGUUGAUUCGCCAAAUAGCUACGAAAACGAGGAAAGAUGGAUACCGGAAGUUGAACACUUUUACCAUGCUGUACCUAUAGUGCUUGUGGGUUUGAAAAAAGAUUUACGUGACGACACGAAGACGAUUGAAUACCUGAAAAAACAAGGCCAGGCGCCUGUAAGCAUCGAGCAGGGACAAAAUCUUGCGAACGAAAUCCAAGCAGCGGCAUUUCUAGAAUGUUCAGCAUUGAAACGAGACGGUGUAGAAGAGGUGUUCCAUGCCGUUGUAAGAGCGGCUGUUAGGAAAAAGAAAGUGGAUUUGAGUAAAGUGGAUUUGAGUAAAUCAGAUUCGAGUUCACGUUGUUUGAUUCUUUAAAAACGGAGUAUGAUUUUGAUUCUAAAAGAGUCGAGCAUCGACAAUAUUUUUAUUAUUCAAACAUCUUGAAUUUCACUAAUUGGUACUAACUAUUCACGAAAUAUUUUUAACUACGUCACGGUGGGAAAAGGCUGCUGACUGUUAUUAUAAGCCCACGGUCGAGUUGUGCAAUUACAGUGAUCAUCGACCAGUCUGCAGCAUUGUCCCAUUGUGAGGUGGUGAAAAAACACAAACUCUAUCAAAGCGUUAUUUGCUUGGGUCAAUUCACUCGUAGAUAUGAAAUACAAAGUUACUAUCGCAAAAAUUUUUAUAAUAAAGCUUGAGUAACCUGCUAAA